AUGUGCCCUUGGCGCUUUCCUUCCGAGUUUGGCACCCCCCUGCGGAGUGCGCAAUUUCGUUUAUGGCUAGUCGUUCGACGGAUUCUUUUCUCUUUCCUUGCCUCACCCGAGAUGCAAGCUUUUGCAUCGCACGUCCCGAUCGCACUCAACGCACAUAGCCAACGAUCUCGAAUCUCGCCCCUCUCUGAGGUCAUCAAGCCUCCUCGUCUCCCUUCACGAACACGUUGCCGCUGUCAGUUGCAGAUUCCACAACCCGUCGCCUCUGAUUCAUCUCCUCUUGCUAAUUCUGUCGAGCAAGAUCUGCAAAAUGGUCAGCUUGAAGUUGCAAUUACUAGGAUUGAAGAGGCAAUCUCCAACCAAACAAAAGAACAAGAACCAGCCUUGGUCUACCACUUCUUCCACAGCUUGCUCUUCCGGGCAAGCAAAGGUCGGCAAUGGCAUGUUGCCCUUCGAACAUUUUAUGCCAUGGAGUCCACGGGCUUAUUCUGCGUGCGCUCAACAUCCUGUCACCUUUUCACUGUUCUGACUCGCGCUGGAAGGAUCAAAGAGGCAGAAAAGGCCAUGAAUGCGUUGUGGAAGACAUACAUUGUUCUUGCAGAUGGCUCACAGAAAGAACUGAAAGGAGGCCAACUCCAACGUCGUCAACCGGACGAGAAAAUGGUCACAAACAUGGCCAACUCAGCGGUCGAACUCGGGCGGCCUGACAUAGCUGUCAAUGCCCUGCAGAAGAUGGAGAAACACGGAGUGGCAUUUACGGUAUUUACAGUAAGCGUCUUGAUAAAAGCACAUGGCAGGCAACGCAACGUAGAGGGCGUUACCAAUGUUUUGAAUGGGCUUGUCGGUCGACGAAUCGAACCUGAUUUGAUUGUGCUCAAUACCGCCAUCGAUGCAUACGUGCGCUGCGGAGAAAAGGGAAAAGCUGGUCAGGUUUUACGAGAUAUUAGCAAACGGGGACUCGCUCCGAAUGCUUCAAGCUACAAUCCGAUAUUGCGAGAAAUCGCGCGAUCAGGGAAACUGGAAGAGGCUCUGAAUUUACAAGAAGACAUGAACCGUCGGGAUAUUAAACCAUCGGCAUAUACAUACAAUGCUCUCAUCCAAACUGCCGUCACGGCGAGGCAAUGGACGCUGGCAACUGACCUUUUGAUCGCAUCAUCCGCUGCUGCGCAGAAGUGGAGUCGCAAAGGUUCACGCUCCAGGGGGGAAAACUAUGAGGAUUCUGCAGCAGCUGCGAUGUCCAAAGAUGUGGCCGUGGGAUUCACGACUGUGAUUUCGGGCCUAGCGCUCAACGGCGACAUCAAGCGAGCUGGGCAGCUAUUAGACUAUAUGGUGAAGCGCAUAGAGGAAUCUGGAAAAUCGGCCAAGCUCGAAGCCGAGAUUGGGAUUGCUGUCAGCGCCAUUCUUAGCGCUCUAUUGGGACAGAAUGAGGUGGUGCGGGCGUGGCGGCUGUUUCGCUCUGUACGCAAACGAUUCAGUAUUUCUCUACCACCAGAUACAUACAACGCAGUUAUUCGCGGGCUUGCACGCCGAGGGGAGGUCGCGUACAUGGAUGCUGCGGACUAUGUGUUUUCCGAAAUGAUGGAAGCGUUCAACGAGCAACGCUGUCGUGAAAACGAGGACGACUACCCCCUGCCAAAGGACGUGUUGGGGUCAACGCGAGGGGCGAAGGCGACACCGCAGGACAUCACGCUGGCAUACAAUACAUUGAUCGAUGGCCACUGUCGUUGCGGAAUGGCGAGUGCUGGAGAAGGUCUCCUCGAGGAGAUGGAGGAGAACGGGCACGUGGCAACGGUGGUGACGUAUACAACUCUAAUCAAUGGAUACGGGAAGGAAACUGACCUGGUGUCGACGCGGCGGAUCUUCAAGCGUAUGCGUGAGCGCGGGAUUUCACCUGACCGGGUCACUAUGAACGCGUUCAUCGGAGGGUGUGUGCGGUCGGGGGACAUGGAGCUAGCGUUGCGUUUGUUCGAGGAGAUGCAGCGGGUUGGGAGCCGGGUGUCACCUAACCUGGUGACGUUCUCGGCGUUGAUUGCGGGGUACGUGCGGCAGAACAAACGGAACGAGGCUUGGGAUAUGUAUGAGGAAAUGAAAGGACUGCAGAUCGUACCGAAUGAGCGGCUACUGGAUCGGAUGAUGGCGGCUUUCGUGUCGCCGGAUUUGAAGCCGGGGCGGGGAGAGAUGGAUGACGGGGAGGAGAAUGUGCACGAGGCCGAUAUGGAGGAGGUGUUGAAUCUGGGGGAGCAGGUGGAAGGUAAGCUCGAGGUUGGGUUGGAGGGAGACGUCCUGCGGAAGGAAGGGUGGACAUCGCAGAGAGCGACGAUUUUGUUGCAGGAUAUGGAGAUCUGCAGAUGCUCAGAGGUUAACAAGAAGAGGUGGCGAAAAGCCAUUUCUUCAUUAUGGGUUUCGUAAGGGUCCUGAAGACAUUCGUAUGUACAGUGCUGGCCAAAAUGAUAGGGACACACCCAAUUUGCAUUGCUGCAAGCUCCUUUUGCCCCAAUCAUAGAACAGAAGGUGCUCUCUAUACAUAUUGGUCGUGCUAACCACGAUAAAAAAGACGGUUUUAUAAAAGCAAAAAUAGCCUUGGAACUAAAAA